UGCUCUUCCAUCGCCAAUGUGUCCAUGGAGUCCAUCGCCAAUGUGUCCAUGGAGUCCAUCGCCAAUGUUUCCAUGGCAUCCAUCACCAAUGUCUACAUGCCGUCCAUUGCCAAUGUGUCCAUGGAGUCCAUCGCCAAUGUUUCCAUGGCGUCUUUCGCCAGUGUUUCCAUGGCGUCAAUCACCAAUGUUUCCAUGGCGUCCAUCGAGUCCAUCACCAAUAUGUCCAGCUGUGAAGCCAUCGGCAGGAAUGCGUCUGCAUGGUCUCACGAGGAGAAGUUGGCUAUAGUCUCACUAGUCGUUUCCCUCUGCACAGGGUUUUGCAUGGGAAUACCCACCCUGGUUUGGGCUCUCCUGUACCUGCGUGCCCACCGUGAUAGUGGCGUAACAAUCUCCCCCUUCAUGAUCGCUCUCCUCCUCAGCGAUGUGCUGGAGCUUGCCCUCAUUCCCCUUAUGGUGUACUCUUUAUUUCAGGACGAGACCCGUGGGUGGGCUAGCCGUCCGUGUGUAGCAAUGUAUCCAGUGUUCGCCUCGAUAAGAUUGUGUGGUUUUGUCUAUCACCAGCUGGUGGUACUGCAGGGGGCUUGGGCUCUGAGGCGUGCCCUCUCCUUUGCCACGCGGCCUUCUUUCUCUUUUCGACCCUUUGCGUACAACUGUGUGUCUUUCUCGAUGGCCGCAUGGCUGUGUGUUAGCUACACAGCUGUUAAUGGAUAUCACGGCGCGACCAAACUGAUCGUAUGUGCUGUCAUUUGUUUUCUAGUGGCCUUCACAGCCACAGACACUUUCAAAUCAUUCCCCUCCACUAAUGCAGUGCAUUGUAGGCUCACCGGCCGCAGGAACCCACGCCUCAAUAUAUUUCUUGCUUACAUGGCCAUUCUGUUUUUUGUCUACGGCCCUUUCAUUGUAGCCAGGAGCUUUAACCAGUACAUCAAUCCUUGUGUGGAGUCGCUGCUGUUUUUCAUGUCUCUCUCCAUCAUGAGUUUGCGUGUGGUGGCAGAACCUUUACUGUGUGUUCUGGUCUGCAGGGAAUUCAAUCGAACAUGGCAAACAUUAGACACUAACCUGAGAUCAUACUAAUGUUUGAUCGUCUGUGUCUUGAGCUGUUGUAUCCUGGGUGAACCCAGACGACCUUGUUAUUAAAUUUGAAUUUGCACUGCAGGUUCAUCUGGUAAGAUCCCAUUGACGCCCAUUUCCAAACUUCCUGUUUUAUGACUUUCAGGGGCAUAACCAGCAGUGAAAUUAAACUUAAAUGGGUGCAUUAAACUCUUAACAACUCAUUUCAGAAGUGCAGCAAACAUACAUUUCUUGUUUUAAAUGCAGUUGUUUACUCAAUUCAAAAGAAAAUACACAUCCAUGUCUGUUUAGCCCUGUCAUCAACACAGACUUUGGUUUUGUUGUACUGUCAGAUAGUGAUUGUAUCCUGGGUUUCUGGUGAUUUGGAUACGGGCGUCAAUGGGAUUCUUUCCAGGCGGACCUGCAGAGCAAAUUCAACUUUGCCAACAGGUUUGUCUGGGUUCAUCCAAGCUGCCUGGAGCAGUUGUCAUGGAUGGUCACAAAAAGGCUAUCAACCAGUGAGGCUUAGAUAAAGCUUUGUCUUACAUAAAGUUCUGUUCAUUUGAAAUACAAAUUACAAGCAUAUUUUCUGGAGGUAUCUCAUUUCUGUUUCUUCUAUUCUUUAGUCUAUUGAUUAUUGUUGAAUGUUGAUGUAUAAAAUGUUAAAAUUGCUGUUAGUAACCAACAUCAUGUAGCAAUAGGCAAAUGGAGUGUAUUUUCCUCAUGAGUCAGUCUUUUCAAUAAAAUAAUAUCCUUGCAAUAAAAUGUAUGUGGUAUGUGAAAUGCUGUUUUAUUGUAAGUGAGCAAGACACUUGUUUAACUUCAGGGGAAAUAUAUAUGCUGAAUUCCUGUUAUUUAAGUUGAAUUCCUGUCAUUUAAGUUGCAUUCCUGUUAUAAAGUUAUUUUGGACACUGUAGUCUAGUUCACAUAUGGAAGACCAUUGUGACAGGAAUCAG